CGCCCCACUCCUAGAGGUCGAGAGCAGCAGGGCCAUGCUUCGGAGGGCGCUGCCGCUCGGCUUGGGCACGGGCCUCUUGGGCCGGGGGCUAGGCACACACAGAGAAGGCUCUACUCUGGGUAAAGCUGAGGGCAGCGGAGGGUAUCGUGGUUCUGGAGUGUUCCCAAUCUCCACCCAUGUGACUUUCAGGACUCGAGGUCCCGGUCCGCGUUGGGAAGACAGUGGGUCGCUGGGAGCAGGAGACUGGCAUGGAAAGGUGUCGGAGAUUAAGAAGAAGAUCCAGUCCAUCCUUCCUGGAGGGGCGUGGAGUCCACUGUAUGACACCAGCCACCUGCCCCCCGAACGCUCUGAUGUGGUGAUCGUUGGCGGUGGGGUGCUUGGCCUGUCCGUAGCCUAUUGGCUGAAGAGGUUGGAGAAGCAGCAAGGUGCCAUUCGGGUGCUGGUGGUGGAGCGGGACCACACGUACUCCCAGGCCUCCACCGCACUUUCUGUGGGUGGGAUGCGCCAGCAGUUCUCGCUGCCUGAGAACAUCCAGCUCUCCCUCUUUUCGGUCGAAUUUCUCCGGAACAUCAAUGAGUACCUGGCCGUGGUCGAUGACCCUCCCCUGGACCUCCAGUUCAACCCCUCUGGUUACCUCUUUCUGGCUUCAGAGGAGGGGGCUACGAUCAUGGAAAACAACGUGAAAGUGCAGAGGCAGGAAGGAGCCAAAGUUUGUCUGAUGUCUCCAGAGCAGCUUCAGAAGAAGUUUCCCUGGAUAAACACGGAGGGAGUGGCUUUGGCAUCUUAUGGGUUGGAGAACGAAGGUUGGUUUGACCCCUGGUGUCUGCUCCAGGGGCUUCGGCGAAAGGUCCAGUCCAUGGGGGUCCUUUUCUGCCACGGAGAGGUGACACGUUUCGUCUCUUCAUCUAACCACAUGGAGACCGCCAGUGGGGAGAAGGUGACUUUGAAAAGGAUCCAUGAAGUCCAUGUGAAGGUGGACCGCAGCCAGGAGUACCAGCCCGUGGAAUGCGCCAUAGUGGUCAAUGCAGCGGGGGCCUGGUCUGGGCGAAUCGCAGAGCUGGCUGGCAUUGGGAAGGGGCCGUCUGGUACUCUUCAGGGCACCAAGCUGCCUGUGGAGCCGAGGAAAAGGUAUGUGUACUUGUGGCACUGCCCCCAGGGACCAGGCCUGGAGGCUCCGCUUGUUGCAGACCCCAGCGGAGCCUAUUUCCGCCGGGAAGGAUUAGGCAACAACUACCUGGGCGGCUGUAGCCCCGCUGAGGAGGAGGAACCAGACCCAGGGAACCUGGAAGUGGACCAUGAUUUCUUCCAGGAGAAGGUGUGGCCCCCUCUGGCCCGGAGGGUACCAGCUUUUGAGACUCUAAAGCCGCUUUUACUUGGGAGAGAAGGCCCAAGAGCACUGUAUCAUCUGAGCCUGGGAGCUCUUCGCCGGGCCCCGACCCUGGCCCACGUUCACACCGCCUCACUGCUUGAUUGCUCCCCAGCACCACGCCAGGGUCUCCUCCUCCCCCCUCUCGUCCAGGCCAUCCUGCCCCCAUAUGGCUGGGCAGGCGGGCCGACCAUUGCCUAAGGCCCAGGCCGACAGAGAACGAUGGGGUGGGACCCCAGGACUGAUCAUGGCCCAGGCUGAUGCCACCCACCAGGAGCCCAGCCGGACAGAACACCUCAGGGACCUGAGCUCCGUGGCCCAGGACUGGCUGCUUCGUGGGACCGACCCGGAAAGACUGCCUCUGCGCCUCUCGGCAGAGCCCAGGCAGGGCGCGUUCUGGGGCAGCCUGGCCCAGGUCUGUGGACUGGUCUGCUUACCCUGUUCAUCGGUCAAUAAACGUGAUUAACG